AUGAAAUUAGGACAAUUGAGUAUGCUUGAAGCUUUAGAUCUCUCUUGGAAUCGGCUCACUGGAAAGAUUCCACAGGAAUUGACAAGAAUAAACUUUCUCGCCUUCUUAAACCUCUCUCAAAAUCAUCUCGUCGGACCGAUUCCUCAAGGUCGGCAAUUCAACACAUUUGAAAAUGACUCAUAUGGUGGCAACCUUGAUUUAUGUGGUGGUCCUUUAACAAAGAAAUGUGGAACGAGUGAUUCAUCGCAUGUUCCUCAACAAUUGGAGUCCGAAGAAGAAGGCGAGUCAUAUUUAUUUAGUAGAUUUACUUGGGAAUCAGUAGUCAUAGGCUACAGCUGUGGACUAGUUGUUGGAACUGUCAUGUGGAGUCUCAUGUUUAAAUAUCGUAAACCAAAAUGGUUUGUGGAAUUUUUUGAUGGACUCAUGCCUCACAAAAGAAGAAGGCCAAAGAAGAGAGCUCAGAGACGAAGGACUUGA